AUGGUAUAUAUAUAUAUAUACAUUAGAAGACUUGUUGAGGAAUUAUACUUUGGAAACAUUGCCGCUGCAAAGGAGUAUUGGACAGAGAGACCUAUUGGAGCUGAUCGGAAAGAAGCAGCAGCCUUGGUGGUGAAAAUAAUUAUCCUCUCGUCUCCGCUGCUGGACCAUAGCCCAUCUAUAAAGUUCAGCAUGCCCAAUAAGUCCGAGUCUCCAUCCCUAUCAUGCAUCUGUGUGCUGCAAUCAACAUCCUCAAUAACUAUCAUCAACCGGUUAUUCGUGCUCAGUAGCUGCCUCUUAAUUAGCACCGAGUUGAUGUACAAACUCGCGAGUUGGCAAUUGCCACCAGUAGGCUCGACUUUUCGGUGCCCAGUGGCCCCUGCAGCAGGUAACCCCUCCUCCACGCCUUCCCCACACUCCAGUAGUUAUCCUUCCUCGCCUUACAAACCGGUCCAAGUCCUGCACCACUGCCCGCUUCAAAUCCGGAUCCAUGGCUAA